UUUGAGAUUAUAUCUAGGGCUCCCUACUGUUCUUUUCAUCCGUUUUUUUCUGUUAACUCAGCACUCCAUAGAGAUUCAUCACUACUUUCUCAACUCCAUUCCAUUUUUGUUGCUUUCUAUCGCAGAACAUCCAUUAAUCCUUUCUUGCAUUGGUAAUCACUCAAGGAUGGUGAAAUGGGCAACUACAAGAUCUUUAUUAUUCAACGUUUUCAUCAUCUUCAUAUCCAUCGACAUUGAAAAGCUCAGACACUCAUACAUUCCUCUCAUUCAUAGGACUCCCUAUUCAUUUUAAUCCAGGAUACAAAGAAGCCACAGUUUCUAACAUUCCAUAUCCCAAGGUUGAUCACCCUGUGAGGACCCAACAGAAGCAAGUAAUUCAAAAGGAAAAAGGGGUUAUCCAUUUGCUAGCUAACAUGGUGAGCUUGAUUUAUUGGGAGUCUUCUUGAGCAGCAAUUUGGAUUUGGUACAAGUUUGUAUUUGGUAGUGACAUCUAUGUAAAUGUAUAUGUAGUAUUAAAAUAAGUUUGGUUUAUCUAAUAAUUGAUUAUUCAUUCAUUUUUGAUGGAUUAGAUUCUAAUAUAUGGUGGAGGAUGUUUCUAAUUAUGUUUGUGGGCAUGUCAAUCUUAACUCUUCUCACAAACAUUCACAGUGAAUGAUACGGAGUAUCAUUAGUUCAAGGUUAUUAGAGACUGUCGUUUGUGCAGCUAAUGUCAUCAGAAGAAUCCGAAUUCAGCUCCACUGCUGCAUCAUCAUCAAGCACAGAGUCACUUUCUCUUAUCAAGACAAUUUUUAGGGAUGAUGAUGAAGAAGCUGACUCAUUCAUGGUUGAAACUGCCACGGUUCAGGUUCCAAUUUUGAUGUCAACGUUUUUAACAGGUAAAAAACGUGCACAUGGGGGCUCAACUGUUGGUAGACAAUAUAUUUAUCGUGAUAGGAAAGAACGCCAUGAUUUGAUUAAAAGUGACUACUUCAUUGGUGAGAAGUCAAAGUAUACUCCAGAUAAGUUUCGUCGUCGAUUUCGUAUGGAUAUUAAGCUAUUCGAGCGAAUUUUGCAUGCAGUAGAGAAUUACGAUAAUUACUUUACACAAAAGGUUGAUGCCGCUGGAAAAAUAGGGUUGAGUCCUUUACAGAAAGUUAUAGCGGCAAUACGAAUGCUUGCAUACGGCUGUUCAGCUGAUUCCCUUGAUGAAUAUGUUCAAAUUGGUGAGAGUACUGCAAUUGAAUGUCUUAAAAAAUUUUGCGGUGCUAUAAUAGGAUUGUUUGAAAAACAAUAUCUUAGAAAACCAAAUACGUCUGAUAUCGCUAGUCUAUUAAAAGAUAGUGAAGCUCGUGGAUUUCCGGGAAUGCUUGGUAGUCUAGAUUGUAUGCACUGGCAUUGGAAAAAUUGUCCGACUGCUUGGCAUGGAACAUUUACUAGUGGGUUCAAAAAAGUUCCAACUCUUAUUCUAGAGAUCGUAGCUUCACAUAAUUUAUGGAUUUGGCAUGCAUUCUUUGGUAUGGCGGGUACUAACAAUGAUGUUACUGUUCUUGAUAGAUCUCCUCUUUUUGAUGACCUUGUUAAUGAUACUGCACCACCAUGCGACUUUAAAAUACAAGGCCAUCAGUACAAUAUGGGAUACUAUCUAUCUGAUGGUAUCUACCCACAAUAUGCCACAUUAAUCCAAACUAUUUCACAACCCAUUUCUAUGAAGGAGAAGCUAUUUGCAAAAUGUCAAGAAUCUGUACGGAAGGAUGUGGAACGCGCAUUUGGAGUGUUACAGAGUCGUUGGCAUAUAGUAAAAGGUCCCGCUCGCAUGUGGAGUGCAACCGAUUUGGGAAAAAUAAUGAAGACGUGUAUCAUCUUACACAAUAUGAUUAUUGAAAGUGAGGUUGCUGAAGGCAUCAAUCCAGAAAAUUGGCGGCCAGAAAGUGAUGAAGCAGUAGAAGAUAUUACUCCAGAGCAUGAUUUUACUUAUCUUAUGUCUAGGAUAAAUGGUAGAAUGAAACAAAUACAAGAUAAAAGAGUACAUAAAGAUCUAAAACGUGAUCUUAUCAACCACCUAUGGGAAUUGUAUGGUGGUCAAAGUGAAGAUUGAAGUGUCUUUUUUAAGUUAUACUCUAUCCCAAGUAUUGCAUGGAUUUGAUUUUGUGAACUUUAUUCAAAGUUUUGUAAAGGAUUCUUUAGUGCAAUAAAUUAUAAGUGUGACUUUCACAUA